AGGAGUUUUAGUGAGUUGUGCAGAGAAGUUUUCAGUGUGAGAAGUGUUUCAUGUAGAAGGAGUUGAACAUGCUUUAAGUGCAUCCUGUCACACAAACAUACACACAAGAAGCAGCAGCCUGAGAGGAAGGGGAAAAAAAACUCUGUUGGGUCACUUUGUAUAAACUAAAAAUCAUGAGAGCUUAUUUCUCCACCAGUUGGAUAUUCCGAGGCUGGAUCUACUGCCUGAUCUUUGCCUUAUGCAUCCAGAGAAAAUACGCCAGACCAACAUGCAGCCAAUUACAGUACCUCUGGAAAGGCAAGAAAUGCUGUAACAAGUGCGAACCAGGAACAUAUUUGUCUGUGCAUUGCACUGACAAUGAGGAAACCAGGUGUCGACCGUGUGGGAAGGACGAGUACCAGUCAGAAUAUAACACAGAGGAGGAGUGCCAUCAGCAGAAGUUCUGUGAUGAGGGUAAAGGAUUUUAUCGUCCCAGUCCCAGUAGCACCACUGAGCUUGAAUCAUGUCGGUGUAAAGAGGGUUACCAGUGUACCACCUCCUACUGUGAGUUCUGUGAUAAAAUCAAACCCUGUCCUCCAGGCAAGGGACUUGCAGGAGAGGCUGGCAAGAAAUCAUGCCAGGACUGUGAGUACGGCUUUUUCUCCGAUUCCACCUCAGCAGAAGCGUGCAAGAAAUGGACAGAUUGUAAAGCCAUCGGCAAGACCGAGGAAAAGCCAGGCAGCACUGAAGCAGAUGUAGUGUGUGGACCACCUUUCGUGCCUUCGACAUCCUGGGCCAUUGUGGCAAUACCCUGCACCAUAAUUGUCAUAUUUGCUGUGAUUCUUUCCUGCUACAAGGAUAAACUAAGCAUCCUUUCCGUCAAUCUACGUACCUGUGUCCAGAACAUUAAACAGAGCAGAAUCCAACAAGAGACGCUAACACCACCAUACCAUAGCAACCGCCCCUUGUAUGAGAUCACGCCUCAGGAAGAUGACAGUGCUGCAGAAUACCUGAGCAUGUGCUCCAAAGCCAAUUGUGACUCCCCUGGCCUGGACAAGCCUCAAGGAAACAAGAAGAACACGCACUUGUCCAAGCUGGAACAGGACCGAGCUGAUGUAUCGUCAGGCAACUCCACUGAGGGAUCUGAGGGUCCGGGUUCUCCGCUUCCUGGCAGCUCCUGCAGCUGCCUGAUUGUGAAGGAGCCUGUGGAGGUGGGAGAGAACGAGGACUGCAGUGAGCUGGUGGCUACAGGCCUGGCUGGCUGCUGCUCCUGUGCUCAGGGUGAUAAUAUGGUUGCCAAACCAAGAAAGGAUUGUGAUUCUAGCCUGAAAGAACCUCCUCUUUGUGGGAACUGCUACACUGAGGGUGUUCCAGGAUGUCUGCAAGGCUCCCAGGAGCUCUAUCUGGAUUACAGCAGUCCAGGUGGCAAGGAAGUCAUGUCGGAGGUCAGGGAUUUACACAGUGACACAAGCGCAUAUGAGAGAAAUGAGCCGCAAUGCUGCAGCAUCGAGUCCACUGUUGUAAUUUCAUCGAUUAGCACUAACAACAACCAGGGGCUCUCACUUAUCUCCAACAUGGAUAACAGCAAGCCCAAAGCUGAUGCGGAUUUGGAAGUCCAGAGCCAGAACACAGAGGCCGCUCUCACCUGUGCUCAGGUGACAGGAAACAACAACACCACAUUCAUCUCUACCGGCCAGGUGAUGAACUUCACGGGUGAUGUUAUCAUGGUGUACGUCAGCCAGACUUCACUGGGCAGCAGUGGAGAUGAAGAGCCUUAUGCCAAUCCUGUUCAGGAGCAAUCGGCUGAAUGUGGCAUUCAGAACAUGCACAAAUCCUACGAACCCACACAAGAGUAUGAGAGACAUAUACCCGUGCAGGAAAUGACAAACCAGCGCCCUGAGCUAAAUCUCUCUGUCUCAACUAGUGCCUGAUUUUCCUGUUUAAUUUUUUUUCUAGCAUCCAGAGUGCUGUUUCAUUCAAAAAAAUGCUGUGCAUUUGUUCAAUAUAUGUAUAUACCGUGUGUUUUUGUGUUGUUUUACAAUCAGCAUCUAAAUGCUAUAAUGCCAAUGAUAUGGUACGAUGAUUUGUCUGUUAAGUCUGCAUUGACCUAGUUUGUAAAAGAAAUGUUGUUAGGCUAAAUAACAUGCAUGGAUAAAUGAGACAAGGAGCCAAACUUCAGAGUGACAUUCACCCAACAAAAAUCCUCACAGGUCCAGAGAAGGUUCAUCAAGGGUACCAAUGUGUAAAAGUGUACCUGUUUCUUUCUGUCUUUUUGUUUUUUAAUGUUAUAAAAGGCAUGUGAGUGCACAUGCUAGUCCAAAAUGAACGACCCUAUGAAUGUGGAGAACAAUGUGGGACAGUUUGCUUUUUGUAGUGUUUCUUAAUAAAUGUCUUUUAUAUUAUAUACUUUCUGAUCAGGGAUUUUAUGAUUUUUUCAGAUAUUCAAACUUGUUCAUUUGCUUGUUUAUGGUGGCAUUUUUAGCUACCAACCUGACUAUUCAGUUUCACUGAAAUAAAAAGGAGUGUAGCCAUGAA